AUGUUUGCAAUUGUAGCAACAGUGUUAAAAGGUACCAUUGGCCUUCUCAUAAAGAGAGGCCUAAAAAGUGCAUCAGAAAAACUAAAGGAUGGCGACGUUACAGACCAACAAUUACGAAGCUGGAUUAUGGACGAAAUAGACAACGUGAAAUCGAAGCUAGAUGCAAUGGCGAGGAAAGAUCUCGGGGCAAGUAUAUCCUUUUUCCGGGAGGGAUUAGUGUUCCUGGAUAAAGCAAUGGACACGAAAACCCGGGACGAAGGCGCCUCAAAAAACGUGAAAGGGGCCAACCAAGUCAAAAGCAGUACAAAAGUCGACAGUCCUGAAGCAGCGAAAAAGAAACGAUUUUGGUCCAAGUGGUUUUCCUCAAAGUCUGGUGGAGCCAAAAACGAAUUAUCUCUUAUUACGAGGGAACUUGACGCGGAAGCAAUUGUUGACGCAAAGAAGAGGUUUGAAGAUGCUCGACGGAAAGCAACGGAGGCUUUUAACAAUGAAGUCCUCAGCCCUUUGGACCGGAUCCUUGCCAUGGGUGUUCGUCUAAUGGCAACAAUACUGGAAAACGUUGAAACUCCAGUGAGUACAUUAGACGCGUGUAUAUCUGGCCUCAACGAACUACACUCGAUGCCGUUUGUUACAGAGAAUUUUAGCGUUGAAAUCGAGAAGGGAAUCAAGUCAAGAUUCAGCAAGGAUGAACGAAGACAAAUUAUUUCCUCCGUCUGUCAAUUAAAUCGUACCAUUUACGACUUCAAGUUAUUGGUGGGUAGUGAAGAAUGGAUCAUAUUCUGGCCCUGCAUUGAAAUCGGACAAGAGAAGGUCGACCCCCUCCGUGAUUCAAGAGUGGCAAACACGCUGUCUAAGCGAGAGAUAAGCGAUUGUUCUUUAGCUUGGUCAUUUGGUCAGGAGGGCGAAGAAGAACUUCAAAACCUCAAGUCAGCGGUUAGUAUAGCGACAAAUACCCUUGGGCAGUUCCUUGUUGCCGACUCAACUGGCAACGACUGCGUGAAAAUAUUUGACGCUACUGGUAAGUUUGUAAAAUCCUUUACUGCUACUGAAGAUAAACGCAUAAUACACAACAGAAAAAUCAUUGCUGUAGGUACUGACAAAGACGACAACAUUUACGUGCUGAUGACCAAAAACGACAAAGAGGAGAGAGUUUUUAUGGCUAGCAUGCUCCUCUUCAACCAUCACGCUCAGUUCAAGCACCAUUUUACCUUUGAUGUCCAGUUCGAAGCUGUGACAACAAAGGCGACAGCUAGUGGCCUUCUUCUUGUACCGGGACAUUUGAGUCUUGGCGGCCGGACAACUUCGAAGAACGUAAUGACAAAUGCAGACAAACACUAUGUAAUGAUGGUAGAUAAGAGAGGAAACCGUAUGGACCGCCUUUGCGACGACACAUUAGGCCGUAUCAGAGAUAUCGCAGUUGCUGAUGAGUGUGUCAUGGUGUUAGAUUGGUAUUCCUCCAAUGUAUUUGUCUUCGCUGACAAGUCUGCGGGUAAAGAUUAUCGUCACACUUCAAGUAGCCAAGAAAAAAGUCGCCGUUGCAAGUUCCAUUUAUCAGGUAAAGAUAAAGAAGAUCGUCCCGUCUCACGAUUCUCUAAAAUAAGAAAAUUUCCCGUGGGGAAAGUUGCUCGUGCCAUAACGUUUCAUCCAAGAAGCAAACACGUUAUAAUUGCCUCACAGACCAAAGAUGACCUUUCACAACUGCUGUUUUACAGCACCGAAGGCAAAUUUGAACGCAGCAUUGAUCUUAGCGUGGAGAGGGGCUACCUGAUAACUGGGAUCGCUCUGACAACGGAAGGUCGUGUCUGUGUAGCCGCAUCAAAUUUUUUGGAAGAAAAAGGAAAGGUCCUUGUGUUGUAA